AUGUCGGCAAAGACCGCGAAUGCUCCAUCUCCUGCUGCUGAAGAAGUAGCCAGUCUGCAGGUUUCUUUACCUCAGAUGUUGGACCUCGCCUUGGGAACACCGGAAGUUGGAGCGGUGAACUUGAACAUCCUCCACAACUUCCUUCAUAUUUUACUGCAUCGGAUAAAUUUGGGAUCGACGACAGUUGAGUACCGUGGCGACGAUGCUAAUCGAAUCAAGACAAUGGUAAAUUCCCUGAGAGAAGGUCCUUCGCUUUAUCUUCAAGAAUACAAUAUUAUCGAUGAUUCCGGUAAAGUGAAAGAUCGAGUUCUUACCGACGCUAUAAGUGCGAAAGUGGACGUACUCGUUGAUGGUAAAAAGAUAGAUUUAAAAAAGACAAAAGGCAUCAGGAAGCAAAUUGGUCCUCAGACGGAAGGAAAAGGCGAAACUGUGAUUUUUGUAGAACCAAUUGUUGACGGUGCAACGCCUACGGCUUUGAGUUUCAAACAUCUCGAACAAAAUGUGAAAGAGCUCCAACAACGAUUUCAAGCGCUGGAAGACUUAGCAACAACUCCAGAGCUUCUUGAACGACUGAAAGGUAAAAUCACCGAUCCUCUGACCGACGUUUGGCAAAUUAUUAACAUUACGAAAAGAUUGGACGCUAGUGAACAAGGUAUUGACAAGUUGAUAAAAACGAUGCAAGAUGUAAUAAAGGGUGACGUAACGCUCGCAACGGCGGACACGUCAAGGACCGAAGAAAGGUUAGAGAGUUUAGAAAACGCUUUAAACAAUUUGGAUCGCGUCGUGAAGAAUUUGCAAUUAAUCUCUGAAGAAGAUGCUGAUGCCGAGGCCGGUGAAAAAGAUGAAGCUCAGCGUGAACACGAUGGAGAGCAGCCGAUGAAACGAAUUUCAUUAAGCGAGCUUCUAGGAGGGAUAGACAUAAAAGAAAUGCACAAGGACGUGGCCACCUUACAAACGGAAGUUAGCCAAAUGAAGGAUCAAUUGACAGAUUUGAAUGAAAAGGUUGCUAAGACAGAAACUGAGUAUCGUAAAGAAAUAGAAACAGCGGAAGGAGCGAUUGAAACAAAGAAAACAGCAUCGCCUGAGAAAGAAACAGAGAAAACAGAAUUGCCUAAAAAGACACUCGUAGAAUCACCGAACACACUCGUAGAAUCACCGAACACACUCGUAGAAUCACCGAACACACUCGUAGAAUCGCCGAAAACAUUGGAGAAGACAGUAGAUUCCGAGGAAUUACAGAGCAUCAGAGAACGACUUGCAAAAUUAGAGAAGGAUGUGAUUUACUUGUUCGAAAAAGUGGACGGUGCACCAAUGGCUGGUGCCGAUAUCGACGAUUUAAUCAGCAGGAUUAACGAUAUUCAAGCUGAAAUGAAGAAAUUGAGUCAAACUGUGGAUCGUCUGAUUGAUGAUCGUGAAUCUCGUGAGAUGCAUCUUAAUGCACUAUUCGAACAAGUGGAACUUCUGAAAACUAUCAAAGCCGAUAGAGAAGAUCUCGAAGAGGCUCUUGCUGACAAAGCCGAUGCUCAAGCGAUACAUCGAAAGGUCUCUUACGAUCAAUUCGACGCAGCUUGCGACGAUCUUGCUCAUGGCCUCGAGGACGCGAUCUAUAAAUUAGGACAGCAGGAAGAGAUCUGGCAGCAAGCUCUGAACGAAGUGCAAAAGGAGAUGGAGGGGAAAGUAGAUAAAAUUGAGAUUUCACCGCUGAAGGACUUUGUGCAUCAUCGGCUGAAAUCUCUUCAAGAUAAAUUGAAGAAGGUGGCCGAGGCGAGACAAGAAAUCGAAGCCGCUGGAACUAAAAAGUUGCUUAGAGAUGUUCAGUGCAUAUCCUGCGACAAGGAUGUGGUCAUGAGAAUGGACCCUACCCAUAAAUUCAAAGCGGAAACACUACCAUGCACUACGAGCAUGAAGCCAUACCUGACCUACGAAUUGGAUCAGGUUAGAAAGCAACACAGAAGAUUACCUCAUAGCAGAAAUAUGAUUCAAUUCGAGGCAGCCAUGCAGGAGGAGGCAAAGAAGCAAAAGAGCGCGAGAGACACACUUGUAAAGACUCCUAGAGAUCACCUGUGCAAUCGAUACUGCGGCGGAAGUCACACGAUCACGACUCCUCAGCAAAGAGUAACGCGAAUGGGCCAUUUCCUCACUCAGUGGGGACCGGAAAUAGUUCAGUUAACGGAAGGGGUGAUAAAGGGAACGGACGGUAAGAUAUACAAAAGUCGGCGAAUACCGAAUAAAAUAGACGUCUGCGGGGCUGCAUACUGCAAUGAACGUGGAGACGAGCUUCGAUCAUUGGAUAAACAGUCGAUGGCUUCUGCUAUAUCCCAAUCUACUGUAUCGCGAAAGACUGACAAGCAAUUUUUCACUAACUCAAAAAAACGACCAACGAGAAGACAGCUUCGAGAUGUAACCAAGGAAGUGAUAGAAGAGUUUACGCAAACAUCGAGGACGGAAAUAGACGAUGAGGAAUUUGGUAUGUCGACGGAUACAGAUGAAUAUGGCGAUCGUAUUGUGCAGUUCAUCGAAGAAGAAGAAAUGGGAGAACAAGACUAAAUGUGGAAAAGACUGUCACUAAAAAUUGUUCUAAAUAUUUCAACGUCGAAAUCAUUGCUCUAAAAUCUUGCAUUUAGUGAAACGAAUAAUAUAAUACAUUAAUGUGAAAAGGAUAACUCCGAUAUAUAUUUUUAUCUUUAU